AAGCGAAGUUGUUGUAGACAAACCCAGUAACGAACACGAACAGUCAAAUAAGCUUCGCACGAGAUAACGAGGCAGACGGAGUUGGGCAAACUUAUCAGAUAAACUAACUUAAGUUUGUUGAUUUGUUUUAGCACGGUCUAUUUGUUUCUUUAAACGUGAGACUAAACUUCGAAAUUUUUGCAUGGAUUAACUAACACUGAGCGCUCUUUGUGGCACCAUGAGCUUCAACAGAUAGCCCAUGGAAACUAUCGGAGUGUAGCGAUGGAGACGGAUAUGGAUUCGGUGAGAGUAGAAUCCAGUCUGUGGAUCGGUAAUAAGCGCUACAGGGCUUUCCUGAGCGGAUGGUACUUCAGCUGGACUGAGAUCGAUAAGGGGAACCGGGAGAAGAAAACAAUAUUCCAUGUGAAUCGCAAUAGCAGAGGUAACGCACAAGGACUGACGUGGAGUCUGGGCAGGACCCAGUUCUGCUGUCCUAGCCGGGCCGUCCGGGAUCAAUGGAUCACUCAACACCGAACCGCGCUCAAAACCCACAGCCCCUCGCGUCCUCACAGGUUGUUGGUGUUCAUUAAUCCUUUCGGAGGAAAGAAGAGGGGGAAGCAGAUCUUUCACUCUCUAGUGUCCCCUCUGUUUGAGCUGGCUGGCAUCAGCUCUCAUGUUGUGGUGACUGAACGAGCAAAUCAGGCCAGAGACUACAUCCUAAAGAAAGACUUAACAGGGUUUGAUGGAGUGAUAUGUGUGGGCGGAGACGGAAUGUUCAGUGAGUUGCUUCAUGGUGUGAUUGGACGAACGCAACAGGAGGCGGGAGUUUCAGAAAAUGAUCUUACUGCAAUGCUGCAGCCAUGUGACCUCCACAUUGGUGUUAUUCCAGCAGGCUCUACAGACUGUGUGUGUUUCACUACAGUGGGCAUAAACGACCCUGUGACAUCGGCACUGCACAUCAUCAUUGGAGACUCUCAGCCUCUGGAUGUGUGUUCUGUUCAUGAUCAGUCCACAGUGGUGCGUUAUUCCGUUUCACUGGUGGGCUAUGGUUUUUAUGGCGAUGUUCUGGAAGAGAGUGAGAGGCACCGCUGGAUGGGCCCUCUCCGAUAUGAUUAUGCAGGUUGUAUGGUUUACAUGUGUAACAGAAGCUAUUCGGGACUAGUGCAAUAUCUCCCUUCUGAUUCCCAAAUCUCCAGCCCACGGGACAACACUCGCUGUCUCUCAGGAUGCCGAGUGUGUUCAGAGAGCAAAGAGCGGCUGUUUCCCCACUUUGACAGCUCCACCUCCCUCUACAGCUCUAAUGUGAGCCAAUACAGCACAGAGUUAGAGGGUGAAUGGGUGACUGUUGAAGGCACAUUCAAGUGCAUCUCUCUUACGUGUGUGUCAAGCUCAUGUCCACGAAGCCCAAAGGGUCUUUCGCCAUCCGCUCACUUGGCCGAUGGAACAGCAGACCUCAUCCUUGUGCGAGACACUAACCCUCUAAGCUUUCUCACAUACCUGCACAGGCACACAAACAAACAGGAUCAGUUUGACCUGCCAUUUGUUGAAGUCCAUCGUGUCAAGGCAGUUCGGUUUUCUCUACCACCUGGAGAAGAAGAGGACUUUGAGGAGGAGGAAGAGAAAAUUCAGAGCUCCGCUGAGAGAGUACUGGAGGAUCCUGGGAAACUCUGCAGUAAUAACAUUGCAGGUCAUUCACAGCAGCAUCUCACGGGUCAGAAAGAGAAAGCAACUUCAACCAGUAGAUUAAAGAGACCAGGCUUUGUGUGCGGGCCCUGCUGUACUAAACCUCGCUCAGUAUCAGUGUGGAACUGUGAUGGAGAAAUUCUGCCUCAGACUGAGAUCUCUUGCAGAAUACACGGUCAGCUGGUGCGGCUCUUCGCCAGGGGCAUCGAGGAUUCAACAAGAGCUUAAUACCUAAAGCAGAUGAAAUACCAUGCAAAUAAUAUGAAAGAUGAGAAAAGGGAUGCACAGAGUGAAUGUCCUGCAUAAGGCAGAGCAGUGAUGUCAUUUGGAAGAUAUUUCAAAUGUUACAAUAUAUUUUUUAAUUUAAAAAAAAUCCGAUCUGUCAUAAUUCAAUUGAUUUUACGUUUUUUUGCAGAGCAGAAAACUUAUUUAUGCAAUAUUAGAGUGCAAACUGAGCUAUGCUAUUUGUUGCUGUUUUUUAAAGAAUUUUUGCACCUGUCACUCCAGAACAUAAGUGAUGAGUUGUCCUAUUUGUUCUGGAGACACCACAUUCUCUCUUGGGCUUGUACAUGGGAGUGACAGUCACAGACGGGGAGUGACAGACGUGUUUUAAGGGAGUGGACUCAUUCCAGUCAGCAUUCUUACAGUGCAACUGGAAUGUGUUUGUUCAGGACGAUUUAUUAGUAUGUGUUUUCCCCAAUAAAGCAUCUUUUCAAAACUUAAUUUUACUAUUCUUAUUAUAAGAUACAUUAAACACACACAAUAUAUUUAAAUGUUAGCUACCAACAUACAACCAAUGCUUUUGUUUUUCCACAAUAGUGUAAUUGAUCUGUGAUAAUGCUGCUUAAUCAUAAUUUGCAUACAUGACACUGUGAUACUGAUACAUUUAUUCAUACUUGUAUAAAUAGAGAAAGACUGAAUUUAUCUUUAAUAAAAUGCAACAAAUUAACGAUUA